AUACCUGCCCAGCACCAAACAACAGAAAAGGUUAGACAGUGGAGCAUUUAGCAGCUAAACAACCAGAUAUUUUCCUAAGGAAUUAAACCAAAGCAUAUCUGAAAGGAGAGUUAAUACUGGACACAAACACAACACAAAAUGAAUGCUGAUGUUGCUUCGUAUCUGCUGGAUGUGUAAAUGGGCAAGGGCCACCUCAAAACUGUUGGCUAACUAAGCACCUUUCAGCAGCAUAUUGCAGGCAAAGAGCAUCCAGGGAAUAGCUGUCUGACAGUGGAAAAGGGUUGCUGCAGAAAUGUGGCGAUGAGAUGAGAGAGGCUUGUGAGUUUUUAUUCUUCUCCAGUAACUAUUCACUUUGCAGUCAUGCCUGUGACAUCAGAACCUAGACUAUAUAAAUGAAUGGAGGUUGGCAGCUUUAAUAAAUACACUUCUCCAGAGGAGGAGAAGAAGGGAGGGAGAGUGGACAAAGGGAGGAACACAGAAGCAGAGGUGAGGAAGAUGGACAGAAGAGACACCCAGCUGGUUUGCUCUUUGCUGUUGUGUAUCAUCACUAAGGCGUGGUGCCAACAGUGUACUGGGACAUGUCAGUGCCCGCCCAGCAUGCCACGUUGCCCUGUUGGUGUUCCUCUGAUGUUAGACAGCUGCGGAUGCUGCCAGGCAUGUGCUAGGCAGGAGGGCGAGGCCUGCACUGACCAGCUGCCCUGUGACAGCCAUCGAGGGUUGCACUGCGACUACAGCGCCAGCUUCCCUGGAGGGCCGGGGCGGUGUGUUGGUCGGAAUGAGCUGGGCUGUGAGAUAAACGGCCGGAGGCUGGAGGAGGGGCAGGUAUUUCAACAUUCCUGUGCCCAGCUCUGCCACUGCCUGGGGGGAGGGGUGACCUGCGUGCCCAUGUGCAGUGAUGAUCUGCAGAGGCCCACUGAGAAGUGCCCCAGCCCUCAGCUGGUGCGACUCCCAGGGCGCUGCUGCAAAGAGUGGGUGUGUGAUGGCCUGGACAACAGCAUUUCUUCAAAUCCAUCAGCAGUAGAGCAUACGCGUCAGGACUACGGGGGUGGGCUGUCUGGCCCGUCGCUUGGCUCGAUCUCCAACUGUAUUGUGUGGACCUCAGACUGGAGCCCCUGCUCCCACAGCUGUGGCCCAGGUGUCUCCACCCGCACCACAAACAGGAACUGGGCUUGUCGCCUGCAGACAGAGACCAGACUGUGCCAGAUCAGACCGUGCCAGACUCUGCAGCUGGGGCUCCCAAGACUGCAGCCGGGUUCAGGGGUGUGCGAGAGCAGCUACAGUUCACCUGUGUCCAUUCAGCUGGAACAACAGGGCUGCUGGAGCACCCGAGCCUACCGUCCCAGGUUCUGCGCCUUGACCUGUCUGGAGGGACGCUGCUGCAGCCCCUCACACACCAGGACAAUGCGGAUGCUUUUCCGUUGCCCCCAGGGCGGUCUAAGCCAGCAGCAGGUGAUGAUGAUUGAGUCCUGCUCCUGCAGCAUCUCUAACUGCCGCCUGUCCCCAGCCACAGCUGCCCGGAGUGUCCUGCCAUGGCUGUGAGCAUGCAUGGGCAGGUCCCAUCUGUGAGGAAAGUGACCAAACGUACACACAUGAUAGUUGAGCCAGUGUUUAAAAAUUAUGGAAAUAUUACAAUCAGGAUGGGAUACUUGACAUUGGCCAAUAGCUGUUGAGAAUAGAGUAUCCAGCAAAAUGGGCACUCACAUUCAAAAGUAUGUACUAAGAUGUAUGCAGUAAUCUGUAUCCAGAGUUAAAACAAGCUAAAGUUAACGUCAUUCACAUUGCCACAUUUGUUUACUUUCUAUGCUCCUACAAAUUCUCAUAUCACCACAUCUUACCAUUUGAAUCCACCCUUGCACUAGGGGCACGCUUAAGUGCCAGUCAUAGUCUGAGGAACACAUUCCUGCCUCAGUGCUAAUAGCACCCACGUGUUCAUUUUUAAGCCUGCAGUUUGAGUUUAGUCAGACAUACAGUGAAUCCUUAAGCUUAACUGUAUCUGUGGAUGGCUACCUUAGUGGCUACCUUACCUAUAGGCUUUUACUAUAGCCUGAUUUAUCUUUGCUGAUA